CAUAGAAGAACAGGCAAACAAAGCGUAUAAAGAAAACGAAAAAUGGAAAGAAGCUGCUUCAAGCUGUUGUUUAUCUCUCUCUCCGUGUCUCUCUCUGCUUUCGAUGCAGAGAGGAGAAAUUGAAAAGCAAAGCAAGAGAAGAAUCCGCAUGGAAUGGCAGAAGCUCUGCUUGGUGGUGAUCUUUGUAUCACUGGCUUGCCAACCUCUCUUCGUCGCAGCGGGUGACAUAGUCCACGACGACGAUUCAGCUCCUAAGAAGCCUGGGUGUGAGAACGACUUCGUUUUGGUGAAAGUUCAAACUUGGGUUAAUGGAAUAGAGGAUGCAGAAUUUGUUGGCGUGGGUGCUAGAUUUGGCACUACCAUAGUGUCAAAAGAAAAAAAUGCAAACCAAACCCGCCUUGCCCUUUCAGAUCCUCGUGAUUGCUGUAGUUCGCCAAAGACUAAGCUUACUGGAGAUGUCAUCAUGGUGGACCGAGGCCACUGCAAAUUCACAACUAAGGCAAAUAAUGCGGAGACUGCUGGUGCCUCAGCUAUCCUUAUCAUAAACAACCAGAAAGAACUUUAUAAGAUGGUUUGUGAGCCAGAUGAAACCGAUCUAGAUAUACACAUACCUGCUAUUAUGCUCCCACAAGAUGCUGGCACAAGCUUGGAAAGAAUGCUAAUGAAUCAUUCAUCAGUGAAAGUUCAGCUAUAUUCUCCACGCCGACCUCUUGUUGACAUAGCCGAAGUCUUUUUAUGGAUGAUGGCUGUUGGCACGAUUUUGUGCGCAUCUUUUUGGUCUGCAUGGAGUGCCAGAGAAGCAGUAAUUGAGCAAGAAAAGCUAUUAAAGGAUGCUGAUGAUAUUCCAGAUGCCAAAGUUCAAGGUGACGGUGGCAUUGUGGAUAUCAACACUACAUCAGCAGUCCUCUUUGUUGUUAUCGCUUCAUGCUUCUUGAUUAUGCUUUACAAACUUAUGUCUUAUUGGUUUGUGGAGCUUCUGGUGGUUCUCUUCUGUAUUGGUGGUGUAGAGGGACUGCAAACUUGCUUGGUUGCUUUGUUGUCCAGGUGGUUCAAACGUACUGGAGAAUUGUACAUUAAAGUGCCUUUCUUUGGAGCUGUCUCAUAUCUUACGUUGGCUGUUGCUCCAUUCUGCAUAGCAUUUGCUGUUGUCUGGGCAGUUUAUCGUACUGUAUCCUUUGCCUGGAUAGGUCAAGAUGUACUUGGUAUUGCUUUGAUAAUUACUGUUCUUCAAAUUGUUCGUGUACCAAAUCUUAAGGUAGGGACAGUUUUGCUCGGCUGUGCCUUCUUGUACGACAUAUUCUGGGUGUUCAUUUCUAAGAAGUUGUUUAAUGAAAGUGUAAUGAUUGUGGUCGCUCGUGGUGAUAGAAGUGGAGAAGAUGGCAUUCCAAUGCUACUAAAGAUCCCACGCAUGUUUGACCCAUGGGGUGGUUAUAGCAUCAUAGGAUUUGGUGACAUCCUUCUACCAGGAUUGGUGGUUACUUUCGCACUGAGAUAUGAUUUUCUUGCAAAUAAGAGUCUUCGAUCUGGAUACUUCUUGUGGGCAAUGUUUGCUUACGGAAUGGGUCUUCUCGUAACGUAUGUGGCACUAAAUUUGAUGGAUGGACAUGGCCAACCAGCAUUGCUAUACAUCGUUCCCUUCACGCUAGGAACUUUGAUAACUUUAGCAAAGAAGAGAGGCGAUCUCAAGAAUCUUUGGACUCAAAGAGAGCCAGAGAGACCUUGCCCACAUGUCCGUCUCCAUCACAGCCAACAGAAUGAAUGAGGAAAAAUCAAACCUCAUUUAGUUAUAUGGUAGCGUUUGUACAACAUUGCUGGUCAUCAGAAUCUGGCGACAGACAGCCGGUCAAGCUCAGUUUUAACUUUACAGUGAAACUCGAAGGUUUGAUGUUCUCUAAUUUAAUCAAGCAUAGUCUGCAACAUUUGUUCAGGGAAGUUCUGCUUCUCUCAUUUCUAGUUUGAUGCAUUUAAUUAUUGCUGCUGCCAGAGGUGGGAAUGAAUUUUAUUUUCUGGGUUUUUAUGCGUCUAGUACCACAAGUAGGGCUGCAAAAGAGUCAGGUUUUCGCUGAGUUUGGCUCAGCUCCUUGAGAGGUUGUUCGGUUAGAUCAAUGAACUGAGUUCAAAAAGUUUCUC